AUGGCAUCUAAGUCAAAUAGCAGGGUGGAAAAUGACGAAAAGCAUCCACAACCACUCUGUUUAACCAUGGGAAAGACACCAAGAAGGGUGAAAGUUUAUUUAUUAAAAGGCGAAGACUGGUUGGAUAAUGGAACUGGUUAUUGCAUUGGAGAGAUUGAAAGCGAAACAAAUAAGCCAUACUUUAUAGUAAGGAAUGAAGCAGAGUCGGAUAAUAUAAUAUUGAAGUCAUACCUUGAAGGGUCUAUUCAAUAUCAACGACAGCAAGAAACAUUGAUCGUGUGGACAGAUUUGAAAGGCAAAGAUCUAGCAUUAUCAUUCCAAGAGACAGAAGGUUGUGCAGAUUUAUGUGAAUUUAUCAUAAAAGUACAACAAGAGAACUAUAGCCCUGAAAUAUCAUUGUAUUAUGUGAUACCCAAUAACAAUAUUGUGGACGAUGAUAAUUAUCUGCAAAAUGGUGGUAAUGAUAUAACUGAAUUGAUCACCGGUCCCAUAAAUUACCCCGAAGAUCCUGCUACCGACAAUCUUGAAGCGACUUUGGAGAUAAUAAAUCAGGGUUCCAAUUCACAAUAUACCAGGACUUGCAUACUGAAUUUCGUAACUGAAAAACAAUAUUUAUUAAAACUAAUAGAAGUAUUCAAAAAGUCGGAAGAGUCCAAAAACUUGAUGAAUUUAUAUACAUUAAGUGAAAUAGUAAAAACAUUGAUACUAUAUAAUGAAGCUCCGUUGAUUGAUGACUUUUUGUCGAGCGAAGACAAAAUAUUAGGUCUCGUGGGAAUAUUAGAGUACUGCCACGAGUACCCGAAUUUUAAGGCCUGUCAUAGAGACUUCCUAAAGGAUAAAUCCAAAUUUAAGAUUGUAGUUGAUAUACCGGUAAAUGAUGAUGCUGGUAAAUUAAACAUGUUCAAGAAGAAUUUCCAUUUAAACUUUUUAAAGGAUGUCGUUCUCGCAAGAUUCUUGGACGAUCAAACAUUCAAUUUAAUAUCAUCAUUAAUAUAUUUUAAUCAGGUUGAGAUAAUCAAAUUCUUGCAGGAUUCAAGGAAUAAUGAUAAUUUUCUAGAGAAGUUGUUCAAAAUUUAUGAAGUAGAUGAUAAAAUAGAAAUGAAACGAGAUGGGGUAAAGAUGUUGCAUCAGUAUAUAUUAAUUGCAAAAUCUUUACAAUCAUAUCAAUCUGAAUUCUUUUCAACAUUGGUGAAAUCAGGAUUAUUCAGUAUGAUUCGCUUUGCAUUACAGGAUACUGAAAAUACGAUAAGAGUAUUGGGAACUGAACUUAUAGUUGUAAUUAUUGAACUGGAUGUUUCUCUUGUUAGUUCUAUUGAUAAGGACGAGGAAAUAGACAGCAGCGACCCGCCUGCUAAUAUAUCUAACGAUGAUAUUAAUAUUGACCACGAUGAAACUAUAUUAGAGUCAAAACCAUUGAAGUUAAAUUUAUCAGACGACAUGACAUUGAUAUUAAUUCUAUCAAAAUUAUUGGUUGAGGAUAAAAACUCAGGCUUGAAAAUGCAAGCAUUUGAAGCAUUAAGGAUUUUGCUCGAUUCAAAUAUAGCGAGAAAUGCUGCUAGCAGUAAUAGCGACUUCGAUCAUUUGAAGAAUGAAUUCAAUUCUUUGAAUAAACCCCAACACGAUGAAAGCAAUGCUUCUGAUGAAUGUGCUGAUAUCAAUACGAAUAAUUAUUUUAAAGCUUUCUAUUCUCAAGCUGCCCCAAAUUUGUUUGCGAACUUGAUUGAUCUAGCAAAAGAGACGAGCAAUGAUGAAAUAAUAAGAAGAAUCACAGGUGAUGAACUACUUUGUCAAAACCUUUGUGACUUAAUUAUAGCUUGCACUAAAGAACAUGAUGUUCCCAUCUCUAGACCUUUUUUCUUAGAGAAUAACAUAUUAUUGGGUGUGGCUAAGAUACUUGCAAUUAAUACCAAGACAACCUUAAAGCUAAGUGCUAUCAGAUGUUUAAGAAGCGUGAUUUUGUUGAAUGAUAAUUUUUAUUCUCGUUACACUGUCAGUACUGAUAUCCUAUCAUAUUUCAUGGGGUUCUUUAAGUCCGUUUCUGAUCAAAAUAAUUUGGCCAAUUCGGCAUGUUUGGAUUUUCUCGAAGUAAUCUUGAAAAAUUGUGAUGCCACAAUUAAUCAUGGAAAAAGACAAAAUUUCAAGCUUUAUGCUACAUAUCUAUAUAAGAACUAUAAAGAGUUCUUCCAAAAUGAAAUUAAUUAUGUUACAAUAGGCACAGAUUUGAUACAUAUAGUCGAAAGUGGUUUCUAUGAUAAUAAUAAUACCAAGAGUGCUUCAGGACCAGACACGAGCUUCAAUUCCGAGGAUGAGUACCUAAACAGACAUAAUGCAUCGACCCCAAUAAAACAUGAUGACGAUAAUGGGUAUAAAAUUGAGAAUAAGUCAUCUAAUGGACCUUCUAAGCCUAAUAAUUUGUUUGAAGAUAUUGAAAAAGACAUGGAAAGUAACAUGCUAGGAAAUGGGGAGAAAAGACUACGUGAGAAUGACGAAGAAAAUGAAGAAAGUAAUUUUGUUCUACAGGAAAACGAUAAUGGUUCUUCUUCCAAUAAUAUACUAGGGCCUGCAGAUCUCGAACCUGGUCGAGGUAAAAAGAAGUUGUCUGCUAGCAUAAGAAAAAAAUUCUCCAAUGCUGGUAAGGAAAUAGCCUUAAGGUUGAGGUCUACCAAUACUAAUACUAAUAAUAAUAACAACAACAAUAUAUAA